UAUUUUCCCCAGGAAGGUGCAAGCAUUAACAUUAUCCUUUUUCCAUUUUCGUGUUAGAAAUAAAUUUAGCAAAAUUUCUGAAUUUAUCAACGAACUUACCAAGAAAAUGAAAGGCGCCGUAGGUGGUGAUGGCGGUGAUGAUGCCGACGAUAAGGAAAAGGCAGAGGAGGAGGAGAGAGAACGUCAGGAGGCCAUCCGUGAGGCCGAAGAACGACGCAAGGAGAAGCAUCGUCGCAUGGAAGAGGAGCGUGAGAAAAUGCGACAAGAUAUUCGUGAUAAGUAUAACAUCAAGAAGAAAGAAGAGGUAGUAGAACAACAGAUGAUGCCACAAGAGGAGCCAAAUCCACUGAUGCGGAAAAAGAAAACGCCAGAAGAAUUGGCUGCCGAGGCCGAGCAAGAAGAACUUGAUGAUUUCACGAAACUGAAAAAUCAAAUAGAAACGCAAGUAAAUGAGCUAAAAACCCAAAUAGAGGGAAAAUGCGUCAUGCAGUGAUAUGUCAACAUAAUUCUAUAUAAAUUAUAUGAAUAAUAACAGAAAAAAAGAAACAAAUAU